AAACAGUAUUUCUAACCUAAAGGUUUAUGAGGUUUAUGGAGAAUGAUCGUUACGGUUAAUUUACAUAGUUAGCGUCAAAACACUCUUUUUAACGCAACGAGAAGUAUUUUUUUAUUUAAAAGAAAGUAAAACUAAAAACGAAGAAAGAUAAUUUACAUUAAAAAGGAGUUGACUGCCGAUGACUAAAUUUUUACUUUAGUUGGUUGCAAAAUUUAUCGACAAUGGCUGGGAUUAAAGGUUAUACUUGGCUGGUUACACUUGCGUUCGCUGGCUCCAUAGGAAUGACAUUUGUUAUUCUGGCAUGUGCACUUCCAUCUUAUCAAGUAUGGUGGCCGCUAUUUGUAGUCUUAUUUUAUGUACUUGCACCUAUUCCAACGCUCAUAGCACGCCGUUACACAGAAGAUUCGGGUAGUAAUAGUAAUCCAUGUUUGGAACUUGCUAUUUUUAUUACUAUGGGCAUCGUUGUAUCGUCAUUUGCAUUACCAAUUGUUUUAGCACGUUCACCAGCUGACAAAGGAACCAUUGAAUGGGGUGCCUGCUGGCUCACACUUGCCGGAAACUUUGUAGUUUAUUUAACAUUACUUGGUUUCUUUAUUACAUUUGACCAAGACGAUGCUGAUUAUAGUAUGUGGUGAACAAAUUUUUUGUAUACAAUGUACUUUUAUUAUUUACGUAUAAAACGAAGAGUACUAAAAAAAUAUAAAAUUAUUAAAUUUGAUAAUCAAAUUUAUUACUCAAAGUAAUCAGCAUUGUUGCAUUUCAUUAGUAUUCAUUUUUUUCUAAGUUAAAAUGUAAACGAUAAAAAAAAUCAAUUCGCGAGAACAUUGACUGAUGACUACGCUUUAAUUUUAUUCCGAUUCAAAACUGACAUCUACUAAGUAAAAUUGCACCACUAACUUGUAUUAAACAAUAUUAAUUCCGUAGAACUUUAUUAAUAAAUAAUUUAAUUAUGUAUUUAA